AUGAAUUACAAGGAGAAACUUGAAGAAGGGUACUCUACCCAACGUCCACCUAUGUUCAACGGUAAGUUUUAUGCCUACUGGAAGAACAGGAUGGAGAUAUUCAUCAAGGCCGAAAAUUACCAGGUUUGGCGUGUAAUUGAAACUGGUGAUUUUGAAAUAACUCAAACCAAUGACAAGCAUGAGAAACUUGAAAUGAACGCUUUAGCUAUAAAGUAUCUGCACUGUGGACUUGGACCCCAUGUACAUAAUCGUAUCAUGGGAUGCAAGUCUGCCAAACAGAUUUGGGAUUUGUUACAGGUAACUCAUGAAGGUACUAACGAGGUAAAACGUUCUAAAAUAGAUUUAUUGAUGUCUUGGUAUGAAAGGUUUGAAAUGCAAUCCAAAGAAACCAUAGAAGAGAUGUUUACUAGAUUCAAUGAUAUUAUUAAUGAAAAGAACUCCCUUGGCAGGCAAAUUCCUAUUGAUGAACAAGAAAGGAAGAUCUUAAGAAGCCUACCACAAGGUGAACGCUGGAGAUCCAAGGUUACUGCCAUGCAGGAAGCUAAGGACUUUAUUAAGUUCAAUAUGGAACAACUAACUGGAUCAUUGAUGACUCAUGAACUUCAUCUGAGUUCCAACACUGAAAGUUCCAGAAAUAAAGGUUUGGCACUCAAGGCUGAAGACUCAAAAGGAUCAGAAGUUGAUGAAGAAGAGAUGGCUAUGCUAGUGAGGAAAUUUAAGAAGAUGAUGAACAAUAGGAAGUUUGAUAGGAACAAGAAGUAUACAAGUUCCAGAAACACAACGUGUUUCAAGUGUGGAUCAAAGGAUCAUUUUAUCAAAGAUUGUCCUGUUCAGGAUGGAGAGAAAGGAAAGACUAAAGGCAAGGAGCAAUCCAAGGAGUCAAGAGUCUACAAGCCUUACUUCACCAAGGACAACGUUAAGAAAGCCAUGCUUGCUGCUUGGGGAGAUACAGAUUCAGAAGAAGAAGAGGAGGAUCAACCAUCAGAAGAAACUGCUCAUUUAUGUCUAAUGGCAAAAACUGAUGAAGCUGCCAAGCUAAAGGAGCUUGAGUCUGAGGUAUGGUUCUCUUACAAUCAAUUAAAACAUCUGUCUAAAGAGAAUCUAAUAGAUACUGUUUUGGAAAUCCAAGAAGAUCUAAAAGAAUUGCAUAGAUCCAAACAUCUAAGUGAUAAAGCUUUGAUAACUUACAAAGAGAACAGUGAAUGGGUUGAUAACAUGAAGUUUGACAUUCAAUACAGGUUCUUCAUUCUGUUUGAUGACAAUAAAAUUCUAAAAGAGACUCUAGAGAACUUAAAACAAGAUAACAUACUCUUGAAUGUGAAAUUGUCUUUGUUAAAACUGAGUGUUGAUACUCCUAACUCUAAAGUUCCUCCACCGACUGAUUAUCCGAAUUUUGAUAAAUUGAAACAUGAUUUGGAAGAAUUAAAAAUGGAUAAGGCACGUCUUGAGGGGGAACUUGAGAGGGCUAGGAAAGGUAAACAACCAAUAGAGUAUAGAGUUCCUGAUUGGAUCACUAAGGCUCAAACUAAGAAUACUGAAGGUUUAGGUUUUAAAAAGAAGUUCCAGAAAGAAAAGAAGUAUGUCAACUUGCCCAGUAGCAUUGUUUAUUAUUUAUGUGGCAAUACAGGGCAUAAGCAAGCUAAGUGCCCUAAGAAAGAACAAAGCACUCAGAAGAAUAUCAAACAUGUAAAACAAAUCUGGGUAAAGAAAAAUGAAUCAACCCAUGUUACACAGGAACCCAAGGAAACCUGGGUUCCUGACUCUAACGUUUAA